GUCCAAAAAGGCUGCUCUGAGCGUUUCCGCUGUCGCUAUUUCUUUUUCUGUCCUCCGUGGCAUGGCGGACGUGCUUUUAUAAGUUUAAGUCGCGGUAGUUUUUGGAUUUUACAAGUGAAUCCUCGAUCUAAAAUGAGUUUGACGGCAUCCCGCCCACUGGUUAGUGUCUAUUCAGACAAAAAUGAAGCCCUGAAGGAUAAGAACAUCGCGUUGCCGUACGUGUUCAAGGCACCGAUUCGGCCCGAUAUUGUGAGUGAGAUCUCGCAGCUGAUGCGCCGGAACAGGCGUCAACCAUACGCUGUCAGUGAAGCAGCUGGUCAUCAGACCUCGGCCGAAUCAUGGGGUACAGGUCGCGCUGUGGCUCGUAUCCCACGUGUUCGCGGUGGUGGUACUCAUCGUUCCGGCCAGGGUGCCUUCGGUAACAUGUGCCGCGGUGGUCGCAUGUUUGCGCCAACCAAAACCUGGCGUCGUUGGCAUCGUAAGAACAAUGUGAACCUAAAGCGCUACGCGCUGGUUUCCGCAAUUGCUGCUUCCGGUGUUCCGGCCUUAGUUCAAUCGAGAGGACAUGUUAUCGAUGGUCUUUCGGAGCUGCCAUUAGUCGUCUCGGAUGAAAUCCAGAAGUUCCAGAAGACCAAACAGGCCGUCUCUUUCCUUCGCCGUUCCAAGGUUUGGGCUGAUGUCCAGAAGGUAUACAAGUCGCAGCGUCUACGUGCCGGACGCGGUAAGAUGCGCAACCGUCGCCGUGUUCAGCGUCGUGGUCCAUUGAUUAUUUACUCGAAAGAUGAGGGUCUACGCAAGGCGUUCCGCAACAUUCCUGGUGUUGAUACCAUGAAGGUUUCCCGUCUGAAUCUACUGAAGCUGGCACCAGGUGGCCAUGUUGGCCGUCUUUGCGUCUGGACCGAGUCUGCUUUUGCCCAGCUAAAUGACAUCUAUGGCACCUGGAAAACUAAGUCCACCGUCAAGAAGGACUACAAUCUGCCGAACCCUCUUAUGGGUAAUACCGAUCUUGCUAGACUGUUGAAGAGUGACGAAAUCCGUAAGGUCUUGAAACCGACCAAGAAAGCCGUUCAUCGUCACGUGCGUCGUCUUAAUCCACUUACCAACACGCUCCAGCUGGUCAAACUGAACCCAUAUGCUGAAGUGACCAAGCGCCGGGCUCUUCUGGCCUCCAAGAAACGCAGGUGUGAGCGCAUCGUUGCUGCAUGCAAGGCCCGCGGCGUUGAGCUGGACAAGAAGAACAACGCAGUCAAAUACCUGGCCCAAGAGAAGAAUCGUGAGACUCAGUUGGCUAAGAACAGAGAACUGCGCAAGAAGAAGAUCGACGCUAAGAAAGUUGCAGCGAAGAAGAAGAGCAACUUGAAAAAGAAGAAGGCACGUAAGACCGUUAAAAAGCCGAAAACCAAGAAGUAAACCAGGAAAGUAAAUGAUUAGAGUGAACUAUCUUUCCAUAUUUACUGUAAAGAAUAAAAGCUGAAGCUUGCAUACCUGUGGUAUACAAAAUAA